AUGAAAUUAAAAGAUGAUGAAAAUGUAAGUUUUUUAUGUGGAGGAGAAGAUAUAUCAUCGCUAGUAGUAGAUUUAGGUUUUUAUAGUUGUAAAAUAGGACACAAUCAAGAAGAUACUCCACGUAUAUUUUUGAAUAGUAUAUGUGGAGAAAAAGAAUUAAAUGAUGAAGAUAAUAAUUAUAUGAAUGGAUCUUUAAAAAAUAUAAAUUAUAAAGAAUUAAAAUAUCCUUUAAAUUUAUAUAAUAGAAAUGAAAAUAUAAGAAUAAAACCAUUAUUUUAUAAAGAUGAUAAUAAUGAUGAUAUAAAAUUAAAUUCAGAUGUUUUUGAAAAAAUAUUAGAAUAUUCUAUUGAAGGUGUAGAGAUAGGUAAAGUUUUUGAAUGUGCUGAUGAUAUAAUAAUGGAUCCUAUAAAAUUAGGUGGAUUAAAUCUAAAAUUUGAAGAGCAUCCAAUAUUAUUAACAGAAUUUAAUAUGCAUAAUCAUAAAAUAAGAGAAGAAAUGACAGAAAUAUUAUUUGAAAAAUAUAAUAUUCCUGCAUUAUAUUUUUCAAAGAAAGCAAAACUAACAUCCUUUAGUUUAGGUAGAUCUACAUCUUUAAUUAUAGAUAUUGGAUAUAAUUCUUUGAAUAUUAAUCCAGUAUAUGAAGGAUAUGUUCUUCAAAAAAAUUCAUUGGAAUAUAAUAUAGGAGGAGAAUAUUUUGAUAAAAUAAUAUAUGAGCAAUUAAAAAAAGACAAUGUAAAUAUUGUUCCUUAUUUUGUAUUUUGUAAUAGUAAUAAUAAUAGGAAUACAUCCUAUAACAACAAUAUAAAUGAUAAUAAUAAACCAAGUUAUUAUGACAAUAAAAAUAAUAUUGGUACUGAUAAUUAUCAUGGUAAUAAUUAUAAUAACUAUCAAGAUAAUUCUUCACAAAAUAUUUUGGACCCUUUUUAUAAUAUACAUCAUUCAUAUAAAGAAGAAUGUAUUCUAGAUGUAAUUCGAUAUAUGAAAGAAAGCGUUUGCAAAACACGUAUUAUAAAUGAUGAAUUUAAAUGCGAGGAUAAAAAAAAUAGUAUACAAAUAAAUACAAAUUUGAAAGAUGAAAAUAACAUACAAAUAUCUAACGACAAUAAUAUAAAAGAUGGAUCCAUGAAAGAAGAAUUUUUUGAAUUACCUGAUGGAUAUAAAAUUAAUAUUCAUAAAUAUAAAUAUGAUAUUUCUGAACAUUUAUUUCAAUCCAUACCUUCUCUAAACAAUUUUAAAGGAUUACCACAGUCAAUUAUAAAUUGUAUUAUAUCAACUGAUGUUGAUAUUAGAAAAGAACUUUUACAAUCUAUUGUUAUUACAGGAGGUUCAUCAUUAUUCCCAGGUCUUAUUGAAAGGUUACAUAAUUCAUUAAAAGAAAAAGAAUGUUUUACACAAUCAAAUAAAUUCAAAAUUUUAAAUAUGACUUCAUUAGUAGAACACAAAUAUUCUUCAUGGCUAGGUGGAUCCAUUUUAGCUAGCUUGGGAACAUUUCAACAAAUGUGGGUUUCUAAAAAGGAAUAUCAUGACUCAGGACAUAAUAUCAUAUAUGAUCGAUGUUUUUAA